CGCAGCCGCGGGAGGGGACAUGGCGGAGUCGGAGCUCGGCAGGAAGUGGGACCGGUGCCUGGCGGACACGGUGGUGAAGAUAGGUACUGGCUUUGGAUUAGGACUGGUCUUCUCACUCACCUUCUUUAAAAGAAGAAGGUGGCCGCUAGCCUUCGGUUCCGGCAUGGGGCUGGGAAUGGCCUACUCCAACUGCCAGCACGACUUCCAGGCGCCCUAUCUUGUACAUGGAAAAUACGUCAAGGAGCAGGAACAGUGAAUCACACCGAGCGCGUCCGUGGGGGAGGAGAGGAGAGAAGAGAAGAGAAGAGAAGAGAAUCCUGCUCGGCGCUCAGGGAUGCGGACGUGCCCCGGGUAGCUGCCAUGCUUGUGGAACAGCGUCAUCAGCACUGCUUUCAGCUCCAGCUCCAUGUGCAUCUGAAACCAAGUCUGUGUCUAGCUUUGUAUUUUCUCUCUGGAAAUUGCAAGGAAGCGGUCUUAAAGAAAUAAAUUAAAAAAAAAAAAAAAAAA